CGCCGCCCCGCCCCGGGCGCGCAGGUGUCGCUCGGGGUAGGAUGUGCCAUGGCGGGGGCUGCGAGGGACACCCCGGAGGGCGAGCAGGAGGGGCACAGGCUCUCGGUGUGCAGCAAGCUGUGCUAUGCCAUAGGAGGUGCCCCAAACCAAGUGGCAGGGAGUGCUGCUUCUUUCUUCCUGCAGAUCUACCUGCUAGACAUAGCCCAUAUUACUCCAUUUCAUGCCUCUUUGGUGCUGUUCAUUGGCAAAGCCUCAGGUGCAGUUACUGAUCCUGUUGCUGGCUUUUUUAUUAGCAAAAGUAGAUGGACAAAAAUUGGCAGGCUCAUGCCUUGGGUGCUGGCAUGUACACCCUUCACAAUAGUCUCCUAUUUUUUUAUGUGGUACCUGCCUCCAUUUGUAUCAGGAAGAGUUGCUUGGUAUCUGACUUUCUACUGCCUUUUCCAAGCACUGACCACAUUAUUCCAAGUACCAUAUUCUGCUCUCACCAUGUUUCUCAGCACAGACCAGAGGGACAGAGAUUCUGCAACAGCAUAUCGAAUGACCAUGGAAGUUCUUGGGACCUUGAUUGGAGCUGCACUUCAGGGGCAGAUUGUGGCCAGUGCUCACGUCUCUCCCCACUGCACUGUGAAUCCCUCAGAAAACACCACUGACUCCUGGCAUGACACUGCCACCAUUCCAGACCCCUCAGAUCCUCUGUCUCAUCAAGCAAAAGUUUACAUGAUUGCAGCAGGGGUCAUAGCAGGUGUGUAUCUUCUUGGAACUGUCGUUCUUUUUCUUGGAGUAAAGGAAAGGGAUGAUCCUUAUGCCUUAAAUUCAGACAGAGCAAUUCCUUUUUGUAAGGGGCUUGCACUUACCAUGAAGCAUGGUCCAUAUGUGAAGCUUACAGCUUCAUUUCUUCUCAUCUCGACAGCAGUUCAGCUGGAGCAGGGGAACUUUGUCCUGUUCUGCACUCAUGCUGCUGGCCUCCGCAAUCACUUCCAGUAUUUGGUGGUGACCAUCUUGGUAUCAGCAGUCGUGAGCGUUCCCUUCUGGCAGAAGUUUCUGCAGAGAUUUGGCAAGAAGUGUGCAGCAUGUGGGAUUUCGUGGAUGAUUCCUUUUGCAGUCAUGCUAGUGACCAUUCCAAACCUGAUCCUGGCUUACUUCGUGGCCUUCGUCUCUGGUCUGAGCAUUGCAGCAUCUCUUCUGUUGCCAUGGUCAAUGCUGCCUGAUGUUGUUGAUAACUUUCGCCUGCAGAAUCCCCAUGGGAAAGGACAUGAAACCAUUUUCUAUUCUUCUUAUGUUUUUUUUACCAAGAUGUCAGCAGGAAUUGGCUUAGGAAUUUCUGCAGCAGGACUGGAGUUUACUGGCUACAAGCCAGGGAUAUGCAGACAGUCAGAUGAUGUGAUCCUCACACUGAAACUCCUCAUUGGAGCAGUCCCUGCCAUCCUCAUCCUUUUGGGUUUGUUUAUACUCCUUUUCUACCCAAUCACUGAAGAAAGUCGGAAAGAAACAAAGCUUGCCCUUGAGGAGUUAAGGAGGAGCCAUCAAAGCACAGAGAACUUGGACAGCCACAAAAAGGACACCUCUGUCUGAAAGCUCUGAACGCAAUGGCUUUCCAAAUACAGACUCACAUCCCACCAACAAACUCUGUGAGAGUUUUCCAGGUCAUUUCUCUGCUCACAUUUUGUCAAAAAGGACAAAGGAUGAUUCUGACAUAGCCAGUAAUGAAAUUGAGAGGGGACAUCAUUGUGCAAACAUACACCUAACUCCAUGCACUGUGCUAAAAAAGACAUUACACAUGUUCAGAAAUGCAAGCCAUUGAAGGCUUGGGGCUUUUUUUGUUUGUUUUUCAGUGAUUAAUGGGAAGCUGUGAUCUUGUUCAUGGGAGAUUUUAUGCAUUUGUAGCUCAAGGGGAAAAAAACCAGUGUAAAUGUGACUAGAGAAUUUUUGAAGGUUCUGGUAUUGGAAAAUACUCACAAGGGUUAUUGAGUUCAAUCCACGAUGCACCAUCCAAAUAUUAACUCACAAUAUACUUCACCCUUGGAGGCUGGGGUGGAUUUUGAGCACAAUCUCUACCUAUAACUUGCACGUUAUUGUAUUUGGAAAGCACUUGGGAACCUGUGCUGAAGUAUACUAUAUAAAUCUAGGAUUUAUUUUGCUUUGAAAUGAAGCAAAUCACUGAUGCAAAAAUAUUUUGAGGAUUUUUUUUUUUCAUUUUUUUGAAAGAGAUUUUGAGGCAAUCUAAGUUCAUAGAUUCUGUAAGAAAUAGAACGCUGCAUUUCCCAUUACUGAUGUUUCUUGCUUCUGAACCCUGUAAACUGAUAUCUGUCAGAGAAUGAGAACUUAACAUUUUCAUAAUCAACGUCUCCUAUGAAGAUAUGAAAAAUCAGUUGUCCCUUCCAAAAAUUAUGUAAUUCAAAUUUCUUUAAAUUUUGGCCUUUAAGUAAUCACCAUGUCCAUUUCUCACAUGGUGUAAGCUCUCUACCUCACAAAACACCACAGCACAGAUAUUAAUCUUAGCUUGCACCUAUUUUGUAAUAAUGAGGCCACACCUGCCUUUUAAAUGGUGAAUUUUUUCAGUCGGGGAUGUUGUUGUGCUUUAGAUACAUCAACUGGAACCUCAUUUCUACUGUAGAUUUACACUGUUGAGCACACUUUUCAAAUGAAAUACACAUUUAACCUCAGGCACCUGAUGGAGCAUUGAAGUUCAGACCUGUUCAUUCCUGGCUUCUGUGGUCAGUGCAGGUACAGAGACCUCCAGAGAGUGGCUCCAUGCCUAAGCUAAAAUGACUGGACUCUGAAGAUGUGUCUAAACCUGGCAGGGAGAGUGAGGAAUUCAAGAGGUUUGUUCACCUUGCAGAAAUUAGCACAAUGCAAGACCAGACAUGAAUUUCAUCCCCCUGCCUUCCCUGUGUGACUCUGAGAGUGCCUUUUGCUGUCCCAGAAGUGCCUUUGGAGGAUGGGCUCGCUGCCCUCCAGGAGCACCUGGAGGAAGUUCAGGGCCACCUGUAAUUUGCUCAGGGCCACCUGGGAAGUGGCUCACAGUGCUGGGACUGGAAAUUGGGAAAGAUUUUGCUGAAGGACACUGGGAUGUCAAAUCAGUGCAACCCCAGAAUGUCUCAUUGAUACUGAAAUUUUGUCAGGCAAGUUUGAAGUCAAAGGCCUUAUGAACUGUCCUAAUUCCUCAAAAUGUUUAAUCAUGAGGGAGCUUCUAAGGAGAUAUAUUGAGUGUGUGUGGGUAAGAGUUAACUGCAUUUAAGAUUUCUGUUGACUUGACAUCUAAGGCUGGGGUGUUUUGUUUUCUUCCUUGUUUCAGUUUUUGGACAAACCAAGAUAUGUAUGCCUGGGGCAUAUGUGUUUACAACAAUAAAAACCAUAAGCCUGUUUACAAUUUUGAGUCUGAUGGAAUUUGAAAUAGCAGAUUUACUGCACUUUGAAGUAGGUAAGUUAUGUAGCAAUAUCACACAGCUCCAAAACAUCACAGCGAACAGUUUGGGGCAUUCGAUGUAUUCUGUAAUAUUUGUAUAUU